AUGGAUGCAUCGCAACGAAUCCCGGCCGUGAUACUCUAUGGUAGCGCGGUAUGGACUAUGUACUGGGGCUUCUUCAUUGGACUCGACUCGACCGGCUUCGACGACUGGGUCAAGGCGCAGAAGGGAGGACACCUGCAGUUCUUGACUAUCCAAGGUCUGGCACUCGCAGCAGCCACACUCUCACUCGGACUCAUUCACCAGAUCAUCCCAUCAAUACCUUACAUCCAGAAGGUCAAACGCACGCUUGGAAUGGUAUCCUUGCCGCUGGCGUUCACCAUCAGCAUCAUCUACUGGCCACUCGUCCUUCUCGCCCCAUCUCUGAUUAUGCCGCUCUCGAACGAAGGCAUCCAAGUUGAAGGCGAACCUUCCUCCGCCGCACCCGUUCCGUUUCGGUUGGAUCUGAACGUUGACCUCGCGCUACAUUUCAUGCCCGCGAUCUCUCUGCUACUCGACUUUCUACUCUUUGAGCGGCAGUACUCUCCUCUCGAGAUGAAGCGUCACGCGCCGGCAAUGGCGCUUCUUAUGGCGGUGUGGUAUGGCUCGUGGGUGGAAUACUGUGCAUCGCACAAUAACGGAACCUUCCCGUACCCAUUCCUGACCCUCAGCCCGUUCCCGGUUCGCAUCGUUAUCUAUCUAGGUGUAACUGGACUCGCGUUGUCCGUGUUAUGGGUCCUCAACCCCCUUCACCCCGAUCGGCACGAAGUAAUGGGCGCACGGAAGAGGGCGUAG